GGAGCCGGGCAUGGAGCCGGUGGAGACCUGGACCCCCGGGAAGGUGGCGGCUUGGCUGAGAGGCCUCGAUGAUUCCCUGCAGGAUUAUCCAUUUGAAGACUGGGAGCUACCUGGCAAGCACCUGCUCCAACUUUGCCCCCGCAGCUUAGAGGCUCUGACCGUGUGGCCCCUGGGCCAUCAGGAGCUCAUUCUACAUGGGGUAGAACAGCUCCAGGCCCUGAGCUCUGGGCUACAGACAGACAACCUGCAGAGCCUGACGGAGAGGCUGUUGAAGGGGACCCAGGCUUUGCAGAGCUUAGUCCAAGGCCACCUGGGCAAUUGUGCAGAGACCCCUACCAAUGUCCUCAGUGCAGCUGUGGAACUAGUAUGUGAGGCUCGUGCCCUCCUCUUCUGGCUCAACAGGUACCUCUUCUCCCACUUAAAUGACUUCUCCGCCUGCCAGGAGAUCGGGUUGUUGUGUGGGGAACUGAGCCAGGUCUUGCAAGAGGACUGUUCAGAGGCUGAGAAGGAGAGUAAAGUCCUGAGGAUUUGCAGCCACGUGGCCGGGAUUUGUCACAACAUCCUGAGCUGCAGCCCCAAGGAGCUGCUGGAGCAGAGGGCUGUGCUAGAGCAGGUGCACCUGGACGACCCUUCCGGCCUAGAAAUCCACACCACCAGCAACUGCUUGCACUUUGUGUCCCGAGUUGGCACCCAGGUCUCUUCUGACUCCCGUCUGCAGAUCCUGCUUGGAGAUGAGGUUGUGCAGAUCAACGAGCAGGUGGUGGUGGGCUGGACCCACAAGAACAUGGUGAAGGAGCUGCUGAGGGAAGCAGCUGGGGUCAGCUUAGUGCUGAAGAAGAUUCCAGUGCCAGAGACCCCUCCACAGACACCCCUGGACUGCCCACAUCUGAGAAGCCAAUCAUUGGCCCUGGCUCCAUUGUCUCCCAGAGUCUCAUCUGAAGACGUCUUUGCCUUCAACCUGACUUCAGACCCAAGUUCUGGGAGCAACCCUGCGUGGACAGACUCCACCUCCCUUGACCCCCAGCCCCUUUCUAGUCCUCCAGCAUCUCCGGUCGCACUCCCAGCAGGAAUAGCAGAGCCUCCACGGACCUCACAGCACACUGACAAGAGUCCUGUCUUUGAUCAGAAGAAAUCAAAAGGUGUGGCGACAAGGCUGAGCCGCAGGCGGGUGUCAUGCCGGGAGCUGGGCCUGCCCGACUGCAAUGGCUGGCUCCUGCUGCGCAAGGUGCCCAGUGGCUUCAUGGGCCCCCGCUGGCGGCGCUGCUGGUUUGUACUCAAGGGACACAUGCUGUACUGGUACCGCCAGCCUCAGGACGAGAAGGCUGAGGGCCUCAUCAAUGUCUCCAACUACAGUCUGGAAAGUGGCCAUGAUCAGAAGAAGAAAUAUGUGUUCCAGCUCACCCAUGACGUGUACAAACCCUUUGUCUUUGCUGCUGAUACACUGUCUGAUCUGAGCAUGUGGGUGCGCAGUCUCAUCACUUGCAUUUCCAAGUACCAGUCUCCAGGGCCGGUACCCUCAGCCAGAGAGGAAGAUUGCUACAGUGAGACCGAAGCAGAAGACCCUGAUGAUGAGGCCGGGUCUCGCUCAGCCUCACCUAGCCCAGCUCAGACUUGGAGUCCACUCCGUGGAGACACAUCACCUGUGACCUCCCCAACCCAGCACAGCCCAAGGACAUCCGUUGGGCCUCCAGAAGAUGGCAGCGAAGAACUGGAAGGAAUGGUAAGGGGACUGAGGCAGGGUGGUGUGUCCCUCCUGGGCCAGCCACAGCCCCUGACCUAUGAACAGUGGCGAAGCUCUUUCAUGCGGCGUAAUCGAGACCCCCACCUCAAUGAGAGAGUGCAUCGUGUUCGGGCGCUACAGAGCACACUCAAGGCAAAGCUGCAGGAGCUUCAGGCCCUGGAGGAAGUGCUGGGUGAUCCUGAGCUCACUGGAGAGAAGUUCCGUCGUUGGAAAGAACAGAACCAGGAGUUGUACUCAGAAAGCCUGGGAGCCAGGGGAGUGGUGCAGGCUGAGGGCAGCUCCCUGGCCCUGACCUCUGACUCUAUAGAGCAGUCCCCCCAAUCCCUAACCUCAGACUCUGAGGCUCCCUCCCAUUUCUGUGCCGUUGAUCCCAGGGAGCAACCUCCAGCCUCUUGACCUCUCACUCUAGCCAGUACCAUAUCACUACCUGUCUACAAUGACAUUGUUUCUGGGCUCUGUUCAAGGAUAGAAACAGUACAAGUCCAUUCUGUCUGGCCUCUGCCUGGAUUUCCACUGUUUCUCCCCACCAUGUGCCCUGGAGCAAGGCAAGGGGAACUUUGUUUCACCCCCUUGGUAAGGACGAAAUUCUUCUGUCCAACCUGUCUCUCAGCAAUGCUGGUUUCCCCUAGUUAAAUCUGGACAGGUAUUUAUUCUAUGUGAGAUACUCUCUACUGAAUAAAAUCCCUGUAUCUAAAAUGAA